AUGGCCUCAGAAACUGACCGGAACUGCCCAGAGCACAAAGACUUUAUUGAUGCCAUUGAGUUUUUAAAGGACCCAUGGAACAAAGAGAACCUGCAACGCCUGCUGAGUGAUGAAUCCUGGAAGAGAUUUGUGGCUGCAGCCAGUUUGUCCAGAGAUGAGGCAGAUGCACUCUAUGCAGACUUGAGCCAGCUGGAAACAUUCAUGGCCAUGGAAGACAAAGUUAAUAGGGAAAGGUUUAUGAAGGAAUUUCCUCAGGCCAAACAGGACCUUGAGGAACGCAUAAGAAAGCUCUACGCACUUGCUGAUGAGGUUGACAAGCUGCACAGGGGCUGCACCAUCACCCAGGUGGUGGCCUCUUCCACUGGCGCUCUGGCUGGCGUUCUGUCCAUCGCUGGCCUGUGUCUGGCACCUUUCACAGCAGGGGCUAGUCUGUCGCUUCCAAUGUCUGUGGUGGGACUGGGGGCAGCAGCUGCUGUGACCGGUGUGGCUACGAAAAUUAUUGAAGGCUCAAAUGAUGGGUCAGCAAAAGCAAAAGCCAGCCGCCUCAUGUCAACUGGCACCGAAACAGAGAAGGAGGUUGAGGAGAUUCUACGUCACAGCCCUCCCCAAAUUGCUUCCAUAGCACGGAGGUGCUUCAAAUCCCUUCAACGCAUUCUGAGGAAAGCUGAUGUCCUCAAUGCGGAGGAAUCCAAUUCUAUCAAACUAGCUGCCGUCCCGUACAUUAACGGCAGGGGGGCAGUCAUUGGUCAAAUCGGACACCAUAUGAUAAAUAGUUUUGGAAGGACUGCUCGGUUCCUGGGCAAAGGAGCCAAAUUCUUAGGUCCAGGUGCAGGCCUUCUGGUGGAUGUAGUGGACCUGGUGAAUGAGUCAAAGCAUUUAUCUGAGGGUGCAAAGGCUCAGUUGGCGGAAGACUUGAGGCAGCAAGCCCAGGAGCUGAAGAGGAGGCUGGAAAAACUCAUCCGCACUUACGAAAGUCUACAGGAGGACCUGACUCCAUGA